AUGGAAGAUUCUAAUUUACAAAUUAUUGAUUUAGAUCCUGAUCACUAUCAGGAUUUUAAUUCACUAUAUGGACAUAAUACUACCAAAAAAGAUCAUCACGAAUGUAAAGAACUUGCUCUAAAUGGAAUUUUAGUUGCUUCAAGGGUUCAUGAUUUGUUUUUUGACUUUGAAUCAUUGCAAAUGGCUAUGGAAAUAUUUGUAUAUACUUGUGGUUCACCUAUUGUCCCAGAAGAUCAUCCCCUAUAUAAUAAAAUUUUUGUUAGAAUGAAUUUAACUUGUAAUUCUCCAAUUGAACAAGGUAAAAUUCAAAUGCGAAAAAUAUAA